UCAGGAACUGUUAUGAUAUGAUAUUGCUUCUUAUUCUUUGUCUUUAUGGUUGAAAUAUGAUACUGCGUUGAAAAAGAAAAGGAAAAAUACAGACUCUUGAUGGAAAUUUCCAUAAAGAAAAAGAAAUACGGUGUUUAAAUAAAGUGUGGUAUUACAUAAUUCACAAAACUGAAUUUCCAAAAUGGAACCAGAUCUUUUAGUCUCCUGUCCUUACAAUCCUGCACAUCGCAUUCGUAAAUACAAAUUUAUGAGUCAUGUAGCUAAAUGCAAAAAAACUGCUAAGACAGAAAACAAAGUAGAGUGUCCAUUGGAUAAAAGUCAUAUAGUAGAUCGUGACCAGCUUAGGAAACAUAUCGAAACAUGUCCAAGUCUUGGAAAUUUAAUAAAUAUGGAUACUGGACAUGUUACACAAGAAAAAGAUAUAAUGAUAGAUACAUAUAGAUCAACUGAAAAUUGGGAAGAGGAACCAGAAGUUCCAUCUUAUAAUCCAAUGGAAGCAUCAGCAAAUAAACAAGUGAUACGGUGUAUACCUGGAUUAUCAAAAUCAGAGAAGAAGAAAUUUAGAGAUAGCGAAAGAAUGCGUAUAGCAAAUCUUAAGGGAGCAUUUAAUACUGCAAGAACAACAUCAUUAACAAGAGAUGAUACAGUACAAGAACCACCAGUACGUCCUCCAUGUAGUACUCCUGCAACAUUAUAUGAUGGAGAAACUACACAAGAUGAUUUUGAUAGAAGUCAGUUAAAUGAUAAUUUUCAUACAAGUACUCAAACUAAAUCCACUAAUGAAUUCCAAAAUUUAUUCUAUACAACAUUGUAUGAUAAAUUAGCUCCUGAAUGCAAUGACAUUAAUCAGCAAUUGGAAUAUUCUUUAUAUAGUAAUGAUAUGGGAGCGUGUUCACUAGAUUAUUCUCAGCACACCAAUGAAGAAACGAAAAACUUGUCAUUUUUUAAUCAAAAUCAUGAAGGAGAAAUUAAAACAUCUCAGUUAAAUGAAACUUUUGAAAUAUCCGAUAUCAGUAACUUAAAAAAAGAAAAAGAUGAAACCAUUAUUGAAAAUACUUCUAGAGCAUCUGAACGAAUCACUGAUAAAAUGUUGGCUCUAUUAAAGAGUAAUUCUGAUGUGAAAAAAGUAGAUUCUAUAAAGGACAUAAAAAAGAUCAAUCAAAAUGAAGAUUCAGAUAAGAGGGGAUUAAAAUGCGAUGAUGUUUUUAAGAAAUUUAAUGAUCGAUUAGCUUAUUUGACAGAUAUUCAGAACGCUGUUGCUCAAGAGAGUGCGGAAUUACUCAAACAAUUGAAAGAGCUUAAACUGCGUGAAGAAUCUCAUGCACGUAGAUACGACACGCGUACUACGAUAUUUUCACCAGAGGGAAGACUUUAUCAAGUCGAAUAUGCUAUGGAAGCUAUAAGUCAUGCUGGUACUUGUUUGGGUAUAUUAGCAAACGAUGGUAUUCUAUUAGUAGCUGAGAAACGGAACACCAACAAGUUGUUGGAUGAAGUUUUCUUCUCAGAAAAGAUCUACAAGCUGAAUGACGACAUAGUUUGUUCAGUGGCUGGCAUUACUUCGGAUGCAAAUGUGUUAACAAAUGAGUUACGUCUCAUUGCACAGAGAUAUCUUCUUCAGUAUGGGGAAGCUAUACCUUGUGAACAGCUUGUCUCAUGGUUAUGCGACGUUAAACAGGCAUAUACUCAAUACGGUGGAAAAAGACCCUUUGGUGUAUCUAUUUUAUACAUGGGAUGGGAUAAACACUAUGGCUAUCAGUUGUAUCAAUCGGAUCCUAGUGGAAAUUAUGGUGGUUGGAAGGCGACGUGUAUCGGGAAUAAUUCGGCAGCAGCAGUCUCGUCAUUGAAACAGGAAUAUAAAGAGGGUGAGACCACUCUAAAAGAUGCGAUGGCACUCGCUAUUAAAGUGCUCUCUAAGACACUAGAUAUGAACAAACUCUCUGCUGAAAAAGUGGAAAUGGCGAUAUUAACACGUGAAAAUGGUAAAACAAAAACGAAAAUACUGCCAGCAAAUGAAGUGGAUACCUUAAUCGCAGAGCAUGAUCGACUAGAAGCGUUGGCGGAACAAGCAAAGAAGGAAAAGCAAAAAUCAUAGAAUUUUAUAAUAGAUAAAAGAAUAAGCAUAAACUGUAUUGUGAUGACAAAGCUUAUUAUAUCAAGAAGAAAUUAAUUUACACAUACAAUUUAAAUCUUUAUAUUAUAUGUUAUAAAUCAUCUCCUUGCUACAGUGAAUUAAUUCUUAUCAACUGUAAGAGCAUCAUUUUCAUUAUAAGACAAUAGAA